AUGCAGACGCGAAUCUUUUCUACGGUCUGGUUGUCGUCUUGGAUGACGAAACCUUAUCUGGGCAAAGAGUACUUGACAGAUACGCUCUACCCGCUCACUAAAUUACGCAAGGGUAUCCAAGUUGAACGCCAUUGCCGCGCCGACGACGACGCGGACAACAACGACGAGAACGAGCGGUACACGCAUGGAUUGGAGAAGACUUUGAACGUUGUAUGGAAAAGUCGGGACCAUUCUUCGCUCCAAUCUACUCGAGGCCAGCACCUUCUGCAUUCGUCGGCGAAAUAUCAACAGCGACUUGAGGACUUCUAUCACUGCUGGGAUCGCCUUAUCAGUCGCCAAGAUGAGCGCUGGGUUCGCAAGGUUACAGGACACGCUAUGGCUAUCGUGGAUGCACAAGAACCUCUAGAAGGCGCAGAGGCUCAGUGGGAGGAUCGACGACGACGUGCUUAUGGACGUAUGAGCCUGAGGCCUUCUGCAACUCCGACAUCUCGCGACUGCACCAUUUACGAGUCCCUUUUCCAACUUUCUGAAGAACCUGUUGAUUCCAGACAGACUGAACUCCUGCCAUUCAGACAUUGGACUUCUGCGAGCUUACUUUUCUACGAUAUUACAUUUUCGGACCUUUUUCACAGUGGUGUGGCAUACUACAUGGUAUUCAGAGGAGCACCAGUCCACGGGUAA